AUGUCGAUUGCUGGUAGACGAGAGAAGACUAGUCUGUACCCGAAUGUAAUUAUGAGAGGAACAAAAUUAAUAUUGAUGGAGGUAGGAAAUGUAAAAUUUCUGGAUUCUCUCAAUUAUUUUCCUAUGCCUCUAACUGCUCUACCCAAGGCGUUUGAUUUGAAAGAGCUAAAGAAAGGAUACUUUCCACAUUUAUUCAACACUUUGGCUCAUCAGAAUUAUGUAGGGCCAAUUCCAGCGCUCGACUUCUACGAUCCCGACCAUUUAAAGGAAGACGCUCGGGAAAAAUUAUUAAAAUGGCAUGGCGAAAGACAAGCGGAGGGAUACGUUUUUGAUUUUCAGAAAGAAAUCGUUGAAUACUGUAUCUCCGAUGUGGAAAUAUUGACACAGGCGUGUCUCAAAUUUCGAGACCUGAUGAAAACCGAAACCACAGUCGAUCCCUUCCAGGAAAGCACCACUAUUGCAUCAUGCUGUAACAAAGUCUUUAGACGCAAUUUUUUAAAACCUGAGACGAUCGGGAUUCUACCGAACCAGAACUUAUAUCACCCCGUUUUACCGUCAAAAAUGAACAACAAAUUGAUGUUUGUUAACUGUCAAAAAUGUGGUGAAGAUUUCGUUCGAGAAGAGUGUCAGCAUUCUAUUCAAGAAAGAAGCCUAAAAGGAACUUGGGUGAUAGAAGAGGUGCUCAAAGCUAUUGAAAAAGGUUACCAGAUUAUAGAGACUUACGAAAUAUGGGAAUACGAUACAAUUCAGCUCAGUAAAGACCAAGAGGGGUUAUUUAGCGGAAUGAUGAACAAGUUUCUACAAAUAAAACAACAAGCUUCAGGAUGGCCCAAACAUUGCUUAACGGAUGAAGAAAAAAACCGUUAUAUUGAUGCAUUUUUGGAUAGAGAAGACAUAAAGCUGGAAUUUUCAAAAAUUAUAGAGAACCCCUGUUUGAGAUCGUUAGCUAAACUUAUGCUGAAUUCCUUUUGGGGUAAAUUUGCUCAAAAAGAAAACCAAAACAAAACCUCAAUAGUCAGAGACUGUGGUGAAUUCUUUGAUAUGCUGACUAAUCCUUCUAUUCAUGUAAAUACAGUUCUCCCGGUAAACGAAGAAACCCUUCUCAUAACUUGGGAAUUUAGAGAAGAGGCCUAUGACGUUUCUUCAACGGUUAACGUUGUAUUGGCUUCAUAUGUCACGGCCCUAGCUAGACUAAAAUUAUAUUCAUUCUUGGAGAAAGUGGAAGAAAGGGCAGUUUACGUAGAUACAGAUUCAUGUAUUUAUAUCUCUCGUAAGGGAUUAGACGACAUAUCUACAGGCGACUUCAUAGGUGAUAUGACCGAUGAGCUCAAUGGGGGUUUCAUAUCAGAGUUUGUUUCUGGAGGACCUAAGAACUACGCCUACAAAUAUACUACUUUGUCUGGAGAGGAACAGAUCGUAUGUAAAAUUCUACCGAACCAGAACUUAUAUCACCCCGUUUUACCGUCAAAAAUGAACAACAAAUUGAUGUUUGUUAACUGUCAAAAAUGUGGUGAAGAUUUCGUUCGAGAAGAGUGUCAGCAUUCUAUUCAAGAAAGAAGCCUAAAAGGAACUUGGGUGAUAGAAGAGGUGCUCAAAGCUAUUGAAAAAGGUUACCAGAUUAUAGAGACUUACGAAAUAUGGGAAUACGAUACAAUUCAGCUCAGUAAAGACCAAGAGGGGUUAUUUAGCGGAAUGAUGAACAAGUUUCUACAAAUAAAACAACAAGCUUCAGGAUGGCCCAAACAUUGCUUAACGGAUGAAGAAAAAAACCGUUAUAUUGAUGCAUUUUUGGAUAGAGAAGACAUAAAGCUGGAAUUUUCAAAAAUUAUAGAGAACCCCUGUUUGAGAUCGUUAGCUAAACUUAUGCUGAAUUCCUUUUGGGGUAAAUUUGCUCAAAAAGAAAACCAAAACAAAACCUCAAUAGUCAGAGACUGUGGUGAAUUCUUUGAUAUGCUGACUAAUCCUUCUAUUCAUGUAAAUACAGUUCUCCCGGUAAACGAAGAAACCCUUCUCAUAACUUGGGAAUUUAGAGAAGAGGCCUAUGACGUUUCUUCAACGGUUAACGUUGUAUUGGCUUCAUAUGUCACGGCCCUAGCUAGACUAAAAUUAUAUUCAUUCUUGGAGAAAGUGGAAGAAAGGGCAGUUUACGUAGAUACAGAUUCAUGUAUUUAUAUCUCUCGUAAGGGAUUAGACGACAUAUCUACAGGAGACUUCAUAGGUGAUAUGACCGAUGAGCUCAAUGGGGGUUUCAUAUCAGAGUUUGUUUCUGGAGGACCUAAGAACUACGCCUACAAAUAUACUACUUUGUCUGGAGAGGAACAGAUCGUAUGUAAAAUUCUACCGAACCAGAACUUAUAUCACCCCGUUUUACCGUCAAAAAUGAACAACAAAUUGAUGUUUGUUAACUGUCAAAAAUGUGGUGAAGAUUUCGUUCGAGAAGAGUGUCAGCAUUCUAUUCAAGAAAGAAGCCUAAAAGGAACUUGGGUGAUAGAAGAGGUGCUCAAAGCUAUUGAAAAAGGUUACCAGAUUAUAGAGACUUACGAAAUAUGGGAAUACGAUACAAUUCAGCUCAGUAAAGACCAAGAGGGGUUAUUUAGCGGAAUGAUGAACAAGUUUCUACAAAUAAAACAACAAGCUUCAGGAUGGCCCAAACAUUGCUUAACGGAUGAAGAAAAAAACCGUUAUAUUGAUGCAUUUUUGGAUAGAGAAGACAUAAAGCUGGAAUUUUCAAAAAUUAUAGAGAACCCCUGUUUGAGAUCGUUAGCUAAACUUAUGCUGAAUUCCUUUUGGGGUAAAUUUGCUCAAAAAGAAAACCAAAACAAAACCUCAAUAGUCAGAGACUGUGGUGAAUUCUUUGAUAUGCUGACUAAUCCUUCUAUUCAUGUAAAUACAGUUCUCCCGGUAAACGAAGAAACCCUUCUCAUAACUUGGGAAUUUAGAGAAGAGGCCUAUGACGUUUCUUCAACGGUUAACGUUGUAUUGGCUUCAUAUGUCACGGCCCUAGCUAGACUAAAAUUAUAUUCAUUCUUGGAGAAAGUGGAAGAAAGGGCAGUUUACGUAGAUACAGAUUCAUGUAUUUAUAUCUCUCGUAAGGGAUUAGACGACAUAUCUACAGGAGACUUCAUAGGUGAUAUGACCGAUGAGCUCAAUGGGGGUUUCAUAUCAGAGUUUGUUUCUGGAGGACCUAAGAACUACGCCUACAAAUAUACUACUUUGUCUGGAGAGGAACAGAUCGUAUGUAAAGUAAAAGGCAUAUCACUCAACUACAAGGCAUCCCAAGUAGUCAAUUUUGAGAAAAUAAAAGACAUGGUGCUGAAGAAAUCUGAUCCUGUUUCUGUACUUUCUCGACAGCUACGACGUACAAGAGAGCAUGCAGUAGUAACAGUCGAGUUUCCUAAGGUAUACAAGAUAACUUCAAUGAAAAGGAAAUUCUAUGAAGAUCAUACCUCUGUACCAUUUGGAUUUAAGAAAAUAAAGUAUUGA